AUGAGUGACGGAAAGCUUUUCAUCAAAACCAAAUCAUCAGAAAUCAAAGCUGAACUCGACCAAGCGUACAAGAAAUCCAAACCUCACGGCAAAAUCAAAAUCAUCCUCAAAAAAGUUACUGCCAAUAUCAUCAUCAACAACAAUGAGAUCUCAAGAUUAUUACCUGAUAUGAUCAAUCUCCUUCGAUUCGAUGACAUUGAAAUCAGAAGAGUUUGUCUUGAUUACCUAAGUCUUUAUAGUCAUUACGAUCCCACGGUGGCGGUUAAGAGUUUACCAUUUUUAAGGAGAUUUCGGGAAGAUAAUGAUGCUGUGCUUCGAGCCUUAACUAUCAAGACUAUUGCUUCAAUUGGUUUACCGGAGUUUGUCGACUUAUCAUUUCAGGUCAUUAGACUUUACCUUAAGGAUAAGAAUUCGUUCGUUAGGAUCUCGGCCAGUUUCGCCUUAGCUAGAAUGUUCCAUAAUGAUAGUACUAGAGUUCUCAAUGAAGGAUUAUUGACUGAUCUCAAUGAAUUAUUAUAUGACGACGACCAAGGUGUGGUGUCAGUGGCAUUAUCGGCCUUGGAUUCCAUCAUUGAGUUUGAUAAGAGUCUAGAUUUGAAACUAACGGUGAAUCCCGAUCAUUUCAUCCAGUUGGUCAAACAUAUCCAUAAAUCAACCGAAUGGAGUCAAAUUUAUGUCAUUAACUCUUUAUUAUCGUUUGUACCAACUACCACGGAGUCGGCCCUUGAUAUGAUAGAGUUAAUACUACCUUUCUUACAACAUGAGAAUUCAGCUAUAGUGUUAAAUGCCGUCAAAGUGAUUGUUUAUUUGAGUAAUUAUGUCAAUAACCCUCAAUUAAUCAUCCCAACGUUACCUAAACGUUUGGGUUCAUCUUUGGUAUCAUUAUUGGCCAAACCAACGGAAAUCCAAUUUUUGGUGUUAAGAAAUAUCAUUCUCUUACUCUUGGGUCGUAAAGAGUUGGUGGAAUUUAACGUUGAAAUGUUAUUCUGUAAAUAUGAUGAUGCUAUUUAUGUCAAGGACACAAAAUUGGAGAUCAUUUACCUCUUAGCCAAUGAAGAAAAUUUCCUGAUAGUGGCCCGAGAAUUGGAAGAAUAUGCUACUGAUGUCGAUGUAGCUAUGGCGAGAAAAGCUAUUAGAGCUUUUGGUAACCUUGCGGUUAAACUUCAUAAUGCUGCUCCUCUAUGUGUGGAAAUUAUCAUGGAUAUCAUAUCUAAUGGGGUUAGUUAUAUUGUUCAAGAAUCUGCGGUGGUAUUGAGGAAUAUUGUAAGACGAUAUCCUGGACAAUUUGAUGAUUCGAUCAUUGAAUUGGUCAAACAUUAUAAGGUAAUUGACGAGAGUGACUCUAAAACGGCGAUGAUAUGGAUCCUUGGUCAAUAUUGUGGUCAAUUCGAUAGUUGGGAUAUUCUUAAAGAUAUCUCCAAAUCUUAUAGAGAUGAAUCCUUAGAAGUUCAAUUGGCUAUUUUGACUGCUACCAUCAAAAUGUACUUAAAUUACCCUACGGAGUAUGAAACCACCACUUUAGAGGUGUUAAAAUGGGCUACUGAAGAAGUGGAUAACCCUGAUUUGAGAGAAAGAGGGUUUUUCUAUUGGAGAUUGAUUUCAAGUGAAAAUAAUGAAUUCCAAAAAGUAGCUAAAGAUGUGGUGCUUGUGGAUAAUCCUAUCAUCAACUCCGAGAAUGAGAAUAUUAAUCCUCAAGUUUUGGAAGAAUUGGAGUUGAAUAUUGGGACUUUGGCUUCAAUUUACCUUAAACCUGUUUCCCAGGUUUUUAGAUUAUCUAGGCAUAAGAAGCUCACUCCUUCACCAGCCCUUCAAUCGAGGAAAAAGAAGACUACGGUUGUAGAGGAAACUCCAGUGUAUCUGAAUAGGAAGGCUACUCUUUCAACUGAUCAAAUCCAUAGGAAGAAAUCAAUCAUGAGACAAGCAUCGUUUGAUUCGAGUUUCUCGGGGAUUUCCGAUGAUUCUCAGGGUAGUAAUAAGAUCACGGGGUUGGCCAAUAGAUUAUCAAGAAGAGCUUCUAUGAUUACGGGGAAGAAGAAGUUUUGA